AUGGCUUCUUACCAGUGUGAUCGAUGUCUGAAACAGUUUUCGUCCUAUUAUAAUGUCAGGCGACAUAAGGCGGACCAUUGUGCAUAUGCAAAGAUUGACGAUAAUGCCUCGAUGGAUGGAGGAGGAAGUAGCUACUCAGAUGAACAAAGCGUGGACUCUUUUCCAGACGAAGAAAGUGUUACGGAAACUGAGGGAGAUGAAAACAGUGAGAAUUCCGGAGAUGAUGGUGAAAUAAAGGAAGAGAUUGAUCCUUGGGCAACCAUGAUUGACGAUGCAAAGGCGACCGUUCGACCAGAGUAUGAUGAAUUUAUGAAAACGUUGCAAAUCGAUGGGCAAGAAGAAAGUGCAGCUAAGCAGAAAGCCUUUGAAAACGUUCUCCCUGAACUUCAGAAAGAAUUCGCUGACGUUUACGUGGAUAAUUUACGAUGGAUGAAUGCACUUAAAAAUGAUGCUGUGCAUAGAAAGAUUAUGGAAACGAAGGAGACAUUAGCGAACGAAGACUCGUUUGAUCCUGAUGAAGCUUUAUCUGCAGCGGUUGACAAAAGAAAGUUUCUGUUGAAACAGCUUUUAGAAGAUCAAGGACGUUUUUCAGAUAGUGAUGAAUCGAUGUAAUGUUCAUGUGAAAUAAAUAUUUAUUAAAACUGUAUUGUGCCUUGUUUCAUUGCAACAAUAAGUCCUUGUAGAAAAAUGGACACUAGAGUCUAGCCGUACCUUCUACUGGGCCAUCGGGCCUAAUCGGGCCAAAAAGUGCCAUUUCGGGCCUUAAUGCGAAGAAUGCGAAGCAAAAUGCGAAGAAUGCGAAGCAAAAUGCGAAUGCGAAGCAAAAUGCGAAAAUGCAAAAUGCGAAGCAAAAUGCGAAAAAUGCGAAGACGCAUGAGCAAAAUGCGAACUCAAUACGAAGACGCAUGAGCAAAAUGCGAAGACGCAUACGUACCCCGAGGGAAGCCUUGGGGAACACCUAUAAAUUUAUGCAAGCAAAACAGUAUCGUAGCAACAUUAUUUCGCUCUAAAAUCAUUUGCACAGUUCACAUGCGUAUAGGCUCAUUCGUAAUGUCCCACAAUCAUUGCAUCAAUCGUCUAUCACGUACAUAGAUACAAAUCUCUUGCUGUGUAUAUAAACUGUUGAUGAUAUUGACGAGUAAUAGGUCUUUUAGCUCAAUAAAUUUUUACUCGUUUUUGGUGUUAUGCUACCUGCUUUCCGAAUUAAAACCACUCUUUAAUGAAAGGUUGGAAUGCCAAAGUUUUCUCGGCUGAAAACUAGACACAUAUAAACACAUUUUUAUAGCAAAGUAAGGAACUAAGACAUUUAUAUUGUUCUGAAAAACAAUUUAAAACUUUAAACUACACGUAAAAGUGCCCUUAUGCACAAUGUUCUCCGCUCCAAUACAUCAGGUAGCUCAAAAUAGCCUGGAAGCCUGAAAAAUUUCCUCUCAAAUUCCCCCCAAAAUCAAAUAGACAUUGCUGCAAACAGAUCAUGCCUAUCAUAUAAACCUUCCAUUUUAAAAUAAAUAUUUUUUCCUCUGCGAAAGCUGUGUAAACACUACGCUCUUGUAAACUCGAAGACCUCAAUUUAUACAGUAUAUUAAAUCCGGUUCGAACUGGUAUUGUAGCGCUUACAAGGAUCAUAUUUUUUUUUUACAAUAACGUUAUGCGACAAAUACUUGCUGACGCCAUCUGAAAAUUCCAAAAGAUCACGCGAUAAAUGUUAUGCGACAAUACUUGCUGACGUCAUCUCAAAAGAUCACACAACAAACGUUACGCGACAAUGUUCCAAAAAUGACGUCACUCUUAUCCCUAAAAAAUGCUGACGUCCUAUGGCGGGAAAAAUGCUGACGUCAUAUAGCGGGAAAUCACAAGCUCAUUAGUAUUCCGCUGGAUGGGGGCUAUCAUCUACUAACGCAUCCAGAUAUCGGCUUGUUGACAACAGGUUUUAACAGAAUUGUUGCAGAUCUGUUCCAACUUGCGCGAAAUUGACUGUGUAUUUUAUUAGUGCUGACGUCAGCAUGAUUUUCAAAUACAGACGAACCUCACAUUUCUAUUAAAUACGGACAUGCACCUUAUAUAUAGCAGAGUCUAUAUGACGUAGUAGGCUAUAGUUAACACCUCUCUACAUUGCACAUGCUUUACAUGCAUUCUUCGAGUACAUACGCCACGAUAGGAAUCGUAUUCGACUAAUCGUAACCUUUAAAAGAAACUGCUGUAUAGUCGACCCAAUAAAUUGGUAUAUCUCAGUAUGUUAAACUUUUUUUGAUAACGUUCUAUAACAACUACAAAUCAAAGGCGGGAAAAAUGCUGACGUCAUAUAGCGGGAAAUCACAAGCUCAUUAGUAUUCCGCUGGAUGGGGGCUAUCAUCUACUUGCGUUCGCUCGCCUUGUACCUGUCUGUUCUGGCAGGUCCGCAACGGCCUGUCAACAGGUCUGUUACAAGCCGUUGUGACAGAGCUGCAGCAAUGCUGUUUUCAACAGGCCUGUCUCGAGUUGUUGUGACAGAGAUGCAGGAACGCUGUUUUCAACAGGCCUGUCGCAAGUUGUUGACACAGAGCUGCAGCAAUGCUGUUUUCAACAACUUGCGACAGACCUGUUGCAAACCGAGGAAAGCGCUUUAUGAAGCUUCGUGUAUCCACUAUUUUGAACAAAAAACGGCCAAACAGGUUGCCAUAUUUCGGUUGUAGUGUUUCGUAAAAUAACAAGACUUAAAUAUAACAAACUUGCGAGAUAAUGUUUGAGCAAAACAGCCGAAAAAAUACGACAAAGAAAGGUUCUUUAUCGUAAACAAUUUUCAAAAUUAAUUGGUCUUUAAGUGCGACCGAAGUAUGACAAUCUACUUGCGUAUUUUUCUUCAAAACAGUGCAUACACAAAACUUCAAUUAGGCGUCUUCCUCGCUCGCAGAUUUCACUUGAAAUUGGAAGGAAAUUAUAUAACGAAUUUCAUAUUCAUAUUAACAAUGAAGAACGUUGAACACUCGGUUGUUUACGUAUUUUUCAUUUCUUAAGCCGUCUAGAUCUUGUGUUCUCAUUGCCACAGUUUCUUCAAAAAUCAAAACAGCUUUGAACUUGUUUGAUUUUGUUUGAGGCAGUUGUUGAAAUUUUGUUUGGCUCAAAACUUCAAAAGUCAAAAUCAGGGCGCUUAUAUAUAGGGCGGCGCAACGCCGUAAUAAUAAUAAUAAUAAUAAUAAUAAUAAUAAUAAUAAUAAUGGAAACUUUAUUAAAUGUUUUUCUUUACAUACAUAUACAAUCGUAAAUCUCUCUCAUAAAGGUAACUUACGGUUGGCUAUUUGAAUCACAAUUAUACUAAACUAAAAUAACAGAACAAAGUGCAUGCAAUAUAUAUAUAUACAAUGAGAUAAGUCAAAUUGUUAGUAAAUCCGGAUUUUCCCAUUCCUUAUUUCGGCAGCAAAAAAUGUAAUAUGUAGUUCUAAUAGCAAUAGUCAUCAUUUUCCUAACGCAGUACAUUUGGUGGUUUUUGUCAAGACCAAUACUUCCUAACAUGUCUAAAAAUGUUUAAAAUACUCAUUAAUAAUGCAUAAACCUUGUGGCAAAUCAUGGCAGCCAUAAUAUGUCACGUGGAGUGACUUUAUAAAACACAUGUGGCAUUAUAUAAUUGUUCAUCUUAAUUAGCAUGAUUAUACUAUGGUUCAUCCUAAUUAGUAUUCUUUUGUAGUCGUAUUUUAAGCUAUUCAAAACACUCGUUGUCGUGUUUUAUCAGAUAUAUAACGCUCGGCUGCGCCUCGCGUUAUAUAUCUGAUAAAACACUCCUACUCGUGUUUUAAAUAGUACAUAACAUUCUUCUGCAAAAAUACCUAAAGAGCUGAUGGAGAGAUUUAUAAAUUUAACUUGGUUAAAAUUUUUACCUAGCUGUCUCAAUAAUUCUCUAUAUUUAUCCUUCUUCCGUUUUACGUUGUUUUUGAGGUUUGUCUCAUAACCAGUGGUGAGUUCAACCACAUAUAAGGAACCAUCAACCAUUUGAGCACGAUAAUAACAAAUCUGGGCGAUACGUAUCACCAGUAAGUAUUGAAGGGCUUUUGAAUCCAUUUAGAUCAGCGUAGAGAGUAGAACCGUCAACAGUUUGUAAAGUAUGAGCAAGAAAGUUCAGGACUGAAUUGUGUCUCCACGUAAAUCGGUCGAGAUAAUACUGACAUCCAGCUACUAUGUGUAGUAAUGUUUCAGGGCUAAGACAAAAAGAACAGUCUGAAUUUGAAGAUAUUGCCCAUCUGUUUAGGUUUUUGCGCGUCGGAAGAGAGUUGUUAAUGUAACGAAUGGUAAAGUUGUAAAUGUUUUUCGGGAGCUUCGAUUGGGCGAUGGACCACACCUUGUUAAGCUGAGGUAAAGCGAACUUCGUGACGCUGCAGAAAAAGGAUCCUUGACUGGUUAAUUGGUUUAGGAGUUUGUUUUCGUGUCCAGAACGGAAAUCUUUGAGAACUUCCUUAGUAGAGUUAUAAGCGUCAUAUUGAAUAUUAGUAUGGUUACUGGUAAUAAUAAUAAUAAUAAUAAUAUUUGAUUUGGAAUUUUAUUACCGUGGACGUGGUUGUCUGUCGUGUUGCAGUUAGUAUAUAAUAAUCAAGUAUAAUUCUGUAUAAAGCUAUUGUUAGUAUCAAAUCAAGUAUAAAACUCUUGUCAGUGACUCUGUUGGUACAUACUUUGAGGUAUUCGCUAGUGGACCCUAGUAAAUUUACGCAUUUAUUUGGAAUUUUAUUACCGUGGACGUGGUCAUUGUCUGUCGUGUUGCAUUUACUGAUUCGUCAUUACUGAUUGUGGAUUUUUUUUUGCUAAUUGAUCAUCACUGUUCAUUGGAUUCGUCUAACAUGUUCUGUACUGUAUAACGUACUUUGUUCCUGUUACCGUAUCAAUGUUGGUGUUUUUGUGAUAAAGAAAUUUAAAUAAUACGCGUUUUUAUGAUUUUGACCGUUGGAAUUUUUUGAAUUAUUUGCAUCUAGCGUCGUUCGUCAUGGCAACAACGUUAUAAAUACAUAAAUACAAAGCCUUUUAUCUUUGGAAUUACCUGUUUGAACUUUGACAUUACACUCAAUCGUAAUUUGAGAUUAAUAUUAUCAUUGCUUGAUUAUCGCUUCCCAACAUGUACAAUAUGUGCGGGGUUUACCCUUGAAUAUUAUUUACAUCGUUUUAUAACAUCUAAAAUAUGAUCUUUCUCAAAACAGUCUAUACAGUCCUUUUUGCUUGGUUGAUUUUCCGCGUGGUUCGUCUCACAAAUGAAGAUCGUAAGACAUUAUUUUACUCGUCUACAAACAUUCUAACCUCUCCUUGUUUUUCUCAAGCCCGUCGUAUGAGAAAAGAUUCGACGUCACUAUCUAUUCUUCGAACUGUUCGAAAUGCAUCUGCCUUACUACAAAGAUCGUCUUUACCACUAAUGUUGGUCCUCUUGGCAAACGACAUGCAACUAAAUCCAUGUCCUUCCCAUCCCAUUCCUGCUAAGCCGUGUAAAACUAAUCCUAACGACCUUAAAGUUCUUUACUUAAAUGCCCGAAGUUUGAAGUCUUUCGUCCCUGUUGACAAUGACACUUCAAAUAAAGUUUGCAAAAUAACCUUACUGCAGGAGUUGGUUUACGGUGGUGAAUAUGAAGUCUGUAUUUGUGAAACUUGGUUAAACAAUACAAUCCUUGAUACAAAACUACUCCCAGGUUUCAAUCUUUUCCGUCGGGACAGGACGGGGGAGAAUUGACGGUGGAGUUCUAAUCGCGAUUAGAGAACACCUACAUGCUACUCGGCGUUGUGACCUCGAAAGAGAUGGCAUUGAACUUGCUGUAGUUCAACUCAGUAAAGCGAACAAUGAACCAGUAAUUCUUUAUGUGUACUACCGUCCUCCCAACUCCUCUCCUGAUGCCGGUCUCAGUCUUCUAAACAACUCCAUAGCAACUAACCCGGAGUCAUGUUGCAUAAUCCUAGUUGGUGACUUUAAUAUUCCUUCUAUCUCCAGGUCAGGGAGCCCAUCAACUCCUAUUAGCACUGGUGGAUGCUCCAAUGGUGAAAACCUUUGUGAAGUUAUCGGCGAUAAUUUUCUGUAUCAGUUCGUAGAUGGCCCAACCCACCGUGCUGGAAAUAAGCUUGUUUGCUGUUUUGCAAUCGGACCGAAACCCUGUCCGACGUACUAA